UAUACCCUGAUUACACUGCGAAGUAUUUUGAGUUUGAAAUGGCUGAAAUUGCAGUCAAGAAUGUGGAAAAUGCUUGCGAAACUGCAGAAGAAUUCACCAGAGUAUUCUAUAAGCAAGUGGACAACAGCAGACACUUAACCUCAAAAUUGUACCUGGACACCGGACUUUUAGUUUGGAAUGGUAACGGCAUAACUGGCAGUGACAGAAUUCAGCAGUUUUUGUUGGACUUGCCAGCUAGCAACCAUGUGCUGAAAACUCUGGACGCCCAACCGAUAGCGGAAACUCUAGUGAACAAUAAGCUGACAUACCUGAUCCAAGCGUGUGGAGACGUGACCUACCAGAAUGACGAAGUAAAGAAGCCAUUCCAGCAGACCUUCCUGAUUGUGGCGGUCGACGGCAAGUGGAAAAUUGCGUCAGAUUGCUUUAGAUUGCAAGUACCAUACUCUACAUAACAUGGUGCAAUUGGUAGACAGGAAAAUGAAUUGUGUGUUAACUUUAUGCUAA